AUGAGAGACUACCACGAUCUCUACUUGGAGACUGACGUUCUUCUGCUGGCUGAUGUGUUUGAGAACUUCAGGAGAACAUGUCUGGAAAGUUACAAACUUGACCCCGCACAUUACGUGUCAGCACCUAGUCUGAGUUGGGACGCUUUCCUGAAAAAGUCAGGUGAAGAAAUAGAACUCGUAAGUGAUAUGGAUAUGUUCCAGUUCUUCGAGAAGGGUAUGAGAGGUGGUAUAAGUUAUAUUGCUCAUAGACAUUCCACAGCUAAUAAUAAGUACAUGGAGACGUACGAUGAGUCGUCUGAGAACAAGUACUUAAUGUACCUCGAUGCUAAUAACUUAUAUGGCUGGGCAAUGUCACAACCACUACCUAACGGAGAGUUUGAAUGGGUUGAAAAUGUUGACGACAUAAAUAUAGAUGAUUACCUGGAGGACAGCAAUAGGGGCAUGGUCCUAGAG